AUGGAGUGUGGAAAAAGCUUCCCUGACAGUGGAACACAAAGAAAACAUCAACGGACUCACACAGGUGAGAAACCAUUUAAAUGUAUGGAGUGUGGAAAGAGUUACAGUCAGAGUGGACACCUUAGAAUUCAUCAACGGACUCACACAGGGGAGAAACCAUUUAAAUGUAUGGAGUGUGGAAAGAGCUACAGUCAGAGUGGACACCUUAGAAUUCAUCAACGGACUCACACCGGAGAGAAACCAUUUAAAUGUAUGGAGUGUGGAAAGAGCUUCACUAUAAGUGGAGACCUUAGAAUUCAUCAACGGACUCACACCGGGGAGAAACCAUUUAAAUGCAUGGAGUGUGGAAAGAGUUUCAGUCAGAGUGGAAACCUUAGAAUUCAUCAACGGACUCACACAGGGGAGAAACCAUUUAAAUGUAUGGAGUGUGGAAAGAGCUUCACUAACAGUGGAAACCUUAGAAUUCAUCAACGGACUCACACAGGGGAGAAACCAUUUAAAUGUAUGGAGUGUGGAAAGAGCUUCACUAUAAGUGGAGACCUUAGAAUUCAUCAACGGACUCACACCGGGGAGAAACCAUUUAAAUGUAUGGAGUGUGGAAAUAGCUUCACUAACAGUGGAAACCUUAGAAUUCAUCAACGGACUCACACAGGGGAGAAACCAUUUAAAUGUAUGGAGUGUGGAAAUAGCUUCACUAACAGUGGAAACCUUAGAAUUCAUCAACGGACUCACACAGGGCAGAAACCAUUUAAAUGCAUGGAGUGUGGAAAGAGCUUCAGUCAGAGUGGAGGCCUUAGAAAACAUCAACGGACUCACACAGGGGAGAAACCAUUUAAAUGUAUGGAGUGUGGAACGAGCUUCACUGAUGGUGGACACCUUAGAGAACAUCAACGGACUCACACAGGGGAGAAACCAUUUAAAUGCAUGGAGUGUGGAAAUAGCUUCACUAAAAGUGGAUACCUUAGAAAACAUCAACGGACUCACACAGGGCAGAAACCAUUUAAAUGUAUGGAGUGUGGAAAGAGCUACAGUCAGAGUGGAUACCUUAGAAUUCAUCAACGGACUCACACCGGGGAGAAACCAUUCAAAUGCAUGGAGUGUGGAAAGAUCUUCACUGAGAGCGGAAGUCUUAGAAUUCAUCAACGGACUCACACGGGGGAGAAGCCAUUUAAAUGUAUGGAGUGUGGAAAUAGCUUCACUAACAGUGGAAACCUUAGAAUUCAUCAACGGACUCACACAGGGGAGAAACCAUUUAAAUGUAUGGAAUGUGGAAAUAGCUUCACUGACAGUGGAAACCUUAGAAAACAUCAACGGACUCACACAGGAGAGAAACCAUAUAAAUGCAUGCAGUGUGGAAAGAGCUUCAGUCGGAGUGGACUCCUUAGAAUUCAUCAAUGGACUCACACAGGGGAGAAACCAUUUAAAUGCAUGGAUAUGGAGUGUGGAAAAUGCUUCCCUGACAAUGGAACACUAAGAAAACAUCAACGGACUCACACAGGGGAGAAACCAUUUAAAUGUUUGGAGUGUGGAAAGAGCUUCACUAUAAGUGGACACCUUAGAAAACAUCAACGGACUCACACAGGGGAGAAACCAUUUAAAUGCAUGGAGUGUGGAACGAGCUUCACUGAUAGUGGACACCUUAGAGAACAUCAAUGGACUCACAUAGGGGAGAAACCAUUUAAAUGUAUGGAGUGUGGAAAUAGCUUCACUAACAGUGGAAACCUUAGAAUUCAUCAACGGAUUCACACAGGGGAAAAACCAUUUAAAUGUAUGGAGUGUGGAAAGAGCUACAGUCAGAGUGGAGACUUUAGAAUUCAUCAACGGACUCACACAGGGGAGAAACCCUUUCAAUGUAUGGAGUGUGGAAAGAGCUUCACUAAGAGUGGAGACCUUAGAAUUCAUCAACGGACUCACACAGGGGAGAAGCCAUUUAAAUGCAUGGAGUGUGGGAAAAGCUUCAGUCGGAGUGGAUUCCUUAGCAUUCAUCAACGGACUCACACAGGGGAGAAACCAUUU